UUCGGCACGUGUGUUUAUCAUGGCGGGCAAUACCAUAAAGAUGGUGAGUUUAGCGAAUGACACCAGUAGCAGCGACGACGAAGCGCUCAAACGAUGUCAAGAAGCAGUUUGGGAUGCACCAAAAAGUGGGACGAGUGGAAAUGGCAAUGCGAAACAUUCAAAACGCAUUGUAGUUGCUGAGCAUGAACACGAUGGCAACGAGCUCCAAGUCACCCAGGGGUUUCAAAAUCAUGUCGCCAAAAAGUUGGGACAAUUUCUCGACAGUCGUUUGACAGAAAUCCAGAUUGACAUAACCUGUAAGACACCAGAAGAAUGUGAAGAUGAUGACGGAUUUAUUUUGUUCUCCACAUCAGUCCCAGGACAACCAGCUGACGAUCCCCCUUCCGCCGUACGACGAAGGCCUAUUCCCAGCUCAAGUGACAGCGAUAGUGAGAUGGAAACAAGGUUGAAGGAGGCCGCUGUUUCACUGGUAGAUCUCUUACCCUCCUCGGCACUUGUUUCAUCACAAACGGCAACAGCACCUCCUCAGCCGGAAAUUAAAAAGAAGAAAUCGUCUGAGACGGAUGAAGACAAUGUUGAUAAAAAGAAGAAAAAAAAGAAGAGGAGGAAGAAUGCUGAAGAUGCUGGAAGCAAGGAUGUGGACUGUGACGGAUCUCUUUGCGCUCAGAACAAUGGUGAGCAUGCAGGCUCAAAGGAACAUCACAAAGUCAAACGGAAAAAGAAACUCAGAAUGUGACUAAUGGGACUGAAAUGAAAAUGCUUCUUUCUAUAAUGUCAGAGCAUAAAAGAAACACGGUUAAGAAUGUUGUCCCAUGUUUGUAAUUGUCAACAUAUAGUGUAAAAUGCUGUUUAAUACUAUUGCUCAGUUUGUUACAAGAUGUUCAAAAUGUGUUUAUAAAAUGCAUAUAAUAUUGAGUUCACAUUUUAAGUGAAUGAGCAAUUUCCCAAGAUUAUAAAAAAGUAUUUAAAUA